GGGAAACUCAGCGUCGCACAGCGGGAUUAAAACGAGGAGCAGCAAGGAGACGUUUUUCUGCUGGAUGUACAGCUUCAGUUCACCUCUUUUGUUCUUUUAAGGAGAGAGAAAAAGAAGAACAGAAAUAGUCUGUGAGGUGUGCAUCACUGCUAACGAUGCGGGACUCUGUCUUCAAUUGCUGUUUUGCCCCGCCUCAUCCUCCUUCAAGCAGACGGGACGAAUCCAAUUUUCAUGGCAAUAGAGCGUCGGCUCCACCCCCUAAUGACCGACGCUUCCUGAUCUUCUUCGACUUUGACGAGACGCUGGUGGACGAGUGCAGUGAUGACGCAGUGGUUAGCGCGGCACCUGGUGGCUCUCUUCCCAGCUGGCUGAAAGACACAUAUCGACCGGGCAGGUAUAACGAGUACAUGCAGCGUGUGCUGGCCUACCUGGCUGAGCAGGGUGUCACUCCAGGGACCAUCAUCAACACGAUAGAGCGACUUCCGCCAUGCCCGGGUAUUCCGGCACUUCUGCGCUUCCUGAUGUCCCGCCCACCGCGGGAUUUUGAAAUUGUGUGUGUGUCUGAUGCCAACACGGUCUUCAUCGAGGCAUGGCUGCAGAAUCUGGGCUUCCGCCAGCUUUUCCUGCGCAUCUUCGCAAACCCUGCCCACUUUGACGAUAACGGCCAGUUGCAGCUCCGCCCAUUCCAUACCCACAGCUGCCUGCGGUGCCCGGUGAACAUGUGCAAGGCGGAGAUUGUGCGGCAGUAUACAGCUCAGCGGGUUCGCGAGAGAGGUGGUAGACGAUACCAGAAGGUUCUGUACGUUGGAGAUGGAGCCAACGACUUCUGUCCAUCGCUCACACUUUCGCCGGGGGAUACAGCUUUUCCUAGGCGCGACUUCCCUAUGCAUAGGCUGAUCCAAGAGAUGGAGGAGGCUAAACCUGGAGAGUACAAGGCCAAUGUGGUGCCCUGGAGCAGUGGCGAGGAUAUCAUAAACAGGCUUAGGAAGAUAGUGGAAGAAAGGCCUUAAAAGAGUGGUUCCCAGUACUUGUCCUAGAGUAACCCUGUCUUGCAUGCUUUGGUGUUUUUGGGUUGCUUGCUCCAAAACACCUGAUCCAAAUCGGACAGUUCUCAUCAAUUUGUAAAGCUGGAAAAUUGUCUUGUGACCAAAUCAUAACUACCUGUUGUUUGGUUCGGGUGGUCAUCGGCAAGUGGUAAAUCUAUCACGUGAGCAAUAUCCAUAAAUCUUGGGAUGGACCAAAGCCAACUCUACUGUGGUCAUGUAGUAUUAGAAAACUGGUGUGUUCAGGUGGUCCUCAUAAACCUACAAAUUUCCCAGUUUACCGCAAGCAAGUUGCAUACAAAUGGGUGACAAAGUUGUAAAUUAAGUCGUAAAGUGCCACUAGCCAGCACAAUGUCUUAGACCAUGUGAACAAAGUCGAUCAAGCCGGCAAACAGUGUAGUCUACCAUGUGGUAAACAAUGUAUGACUGAUACCUAAAUUUCUGUAUCAUGUGCGUAAAUUACUAUAACCUUACACAUACCUGUAGAGAGCAGACAGGCAUUAUCAGUAAGAAACCAACAAUAGAUUUUUUGCUGAGGGAUGUUAGUGGUCCAUCAUGCAGACAUGAUAUAAAUUUGCCAGUUGUCGAUGACCACCCAAACGUCUUAAGAGCCAUUCCAUUACUAUAUUAGCACAAGUUUAUUAGAAGAGCCCUUAUUGAGGCGAGGGACCAAGUGACCUCAAGUACUGACUUCAAUGACAAAAUGUGCCCAGAAAUCAUUGAGACCUGAUGCAUUUCCCUUUGCAAACCUGAAAAUAAUUUUCACCAGAUGUAUGUACAUUAUACUCAGACGUCUCAAAAAAAAUUCUGCGUGAUAAAGUUUGUAUGACUAAUUAGCUCACUGUGGCUAACCUAACAGUGAGUGACUAUAUACUGACUAAAUAAUUCGCCCCUUACUGUCCCUUGCUCCCCUUGUGCUGUGAGCGGCCACUUGUGUAACAUAGGUAUGAUGCACUUCAGAGUGGCGAGUCAAAGUUAGCAAGGCUAAUUACUAGGACUUUUCUGACUUAAAGUGGCACGUUAGAGCCAAAGAAAACACUCAAGUGCAAAAGAUGAGGGUACUCCAAAGACUAGGAUUGACAACAGUCGCCUUAGAAAUACCCAGCCAUGUCCAAACUUAUACAUACCCAAAGCCUUAAAGUGAAGCUAAAUAUACAGUUACAUGUGAAUAUCACACACUAUGAGCAGUGUGCAAACUCUGAUACAACAGAGAAGGGGUGGUAUUAAGGCACAGCUAUGCUUUCCAUAAUUCCGCAUAUCUGAGCACAAGAUGGCUGCCUCAUGUAUCCUGCUAGGUGUCCACCACAUGCAAUACCAACAUAAAUGUUGGAGGCAGUAUACCAUAAUGUGAUGUGACCUUAGCAGCAGACUGAACCAACUGCAACUAUGUCAGAAAGAACAUAGUUUGUCUACAAUAUCCUCUUAUGUAUUUCUCCAUGCAACUCCAUGAAUCAAAAAAGUCAGAAGUAGUCAUGGAAGGUUUCGUGAUGCCAGCCUGGGAUCUUUCUGCUCUGACCUGCCCCCUAAUGGAUAAAAGCUUUUAAUCCUCCAGAUACACAGACGAGUAAAAGAACGAAGUUCCUUGUGUAGCAGGUGUUUGCGAACACGUGUGUCAUUAAAAAUAAAGUAAAACUGUGCCUUUAAUGGGAGCUGCUCUGUUAUGCUAGCCAAGACCAAUUUAGCCUUUUCUUUGUUAGUCGCUGAGAUUAUAACGAUUAUGUCAGUAUGAAGAGGGAAAGGGGGUAAAAAGCUCAAAGUUUGCCUUUCUGCUAGCCAACAUAACCUGUGUGGAAAUAUCACCAUGCUCAGAACAUGUUCAUCCAUAUUCUAUAAGCAUUUCAUUGGGCAGUGGGUAACCUGAGAGCUAUAAUAAUGUAUGGACAAAGUCAUAACCAUAAUUUAAUGAUUUUGUCCUACUUUGGGUGCUUUUUUAAUCAUGUUUUUACAUCUUUCUAGUACUGUCUUUGUGUGUCCUACAUGUCAAUGUGUGCAUGUGUGUUUGUCUGCAUAUCAUAAUCAUCUCGGGCAAAGUCUGAGACUGUGUGCCUUUUGUCUCUUAGUCUGCUAAGUGGAUGUGUCUUGUUAGUUGUAUGCAUACCUCUGUCUUACUAGGAGGGAUAUAAAUCAUUGAACUCUG